AUGGAGUGGUGUCCUGAACAUGCCAUGAAUGCUUACUUGAAGACUUUACAUCUGCGUAAGAACUAUUCUGAUCGAACUAGCACUAGAGGAAGUCCAGAAUUUGAGGAGCCUAAGAUCAUGGAGUUUUUAUCAGCUUUGGCAGCUGGAAACUGUGCUAAACUAAUAGUUCAAAUAACCACAGAGGGAGUGACGCCAGUAACACUUGCAUUGGCCGUAGCUGCAAGACAGAUAGGAGGCAAAUUUGUUUGCAUAAUCCCUCAUGAUCAUGAUGAUGAAGAAGAUAUCAACAAAUCUAUCUGCACGCAUCAUCAGCUUAAUGGCUGUGAUCAUCUCAAAGAUGUAAUACAUAUUGUUGCAGGAAAUCCUUGUGAAAUUAUUAAACAGUUCAAGAAAAUUGACUUCAUGGUUGUUGACUCAAAGGUUGGAGAUCACUUGAAAUUAUUGAAGACUGCUGAUUUGAAUUCAAAGGGAUCUUUGAUGGUAAUGACCAAUCUUUUCAUCAAUGGUAAAAAAAGGGAGUCACUGCGAGAGAUACUCAAGGCCAAAGAUGGAGUUUACUGCGAGUCUGUCACCAUUCCAGUAGGAGAAGGAAUUGAGUUGACAAAAAUUGUACCUUCCAACAAGCAUGGCAGAAAAAGACGCACAAGAUUUCAUGUCACUUAUGAGAAUUAA